AGCCUAGAGAGGCAACACCCUCCUGUAUCCCCCCUUCCGACCCACGGGUAAAGUGGCGCCCCCUACGCACAGACACCGUCCUUGGGCCCCCGCUCCGGCGAGGAGACCACCCUGGACCUCCGGGGGCGGGAGGCCGCUCUGGCCCCAAUCAGAGCUUCUCGCUGGUAGACGGGCCCGAGGGAGCCCCUCUGGGCGCAGCGCCGCCGAGCUGCUCGAUGCUCCGACCGGAAGUGCUCUUCACCGCCGACCUCCCACCCGGCUCUCUGGUCCCGGCGGUAAGAUGGCGGCUGCCGCGGAGUGCGAUGUGGUAAUGGCGGAGACCGAGCCAGAGCUGCUAGACGACGAGGAAGCGAAGAGUCCUACGCCUUUGACAUCUCAUCCUUCAGUCCCUUUGCUGGAAGCAGAGUCUUUCAAGGAACAAGGAAAUGCAUACUAUGCCAAGAAAGAUUACAAUGAAGCUUAUAACUAUUAUACAAAAGCCAUAGAUAUGUGUCCUAAAAAUGCUAGCUAUUACGGGAAUCGAGCAGCCACCUUGAUGAUGCUCGGAAGGUUCCGGGAAGCUCUCGGAGAUGCACAGCAGUCAGUGAGGUUGGAUGACAGUUUUGUUCGGGGACAUCUACGAGAGGGCAAAUGCCACCUAUCUCUAGGGAAUGCCAUGGCGGCACGUCGUAGUUUCCAGAGAGCCCUAGAACUGGAUCACAAAAAUGCUCAGGCACAACAGGAGUUCAAGAAUGCUAAUGCAGUCAUAGAAUAUGAGAAAAUAGCAGAAACGGAUUUUGAGAAGCGGGAUUUUCGGAAGGUUGUUUUUUGCAUGGACCGUGCCCUAGAAUAUGCCCCUGCCUGCCAUCGCUUCAAAAUCAUCAAAGCAGAAUGUUUAGCAAUGCUGGGUCGUCAUCCAGAAGCACAGUCUGUGGCCAGUGACAUUUUACGAAUGGAUUCCACCAAUGCCGAUGCUCUAUAUGUACGAGGUCUUUGCCUUUAUUAUGAAGAUUGUAUUGAGAAGGCGGUUCAGUUUUUUGUCCAAGCUCUCCGGAUGGCUCCUGACCAUGAGAAGGCCUGCGUCGCUUGCAGAAAUGCCAAAGCACUUAAAGCAAAGAAAGAAGAUGGGAAUAAAGCAUUUAAAGAAGGAAAUUACAAGCUAGCAUAUGAACUGUACACAGAAGCCCUGGGGAUAGACCCCAAUAAUAUAAAAACAAAUGCUAAACUCUACUGUAAUCGGGGUACGGUUAAUUCCAAGCUUAGGAAACUAGAUGAUGCAAUAGAAGACUGCACAAAUGCAGUGAAGCUUGAUGACACUUAUAUAAAAGCCUACUUGAGAAGAGCUCAGUGUUACAUGGACACAGAACAGUAUGAAGAAGCAGUACGGGACUAUGAAAAAGUAUAUCAGACGGAGAAAACAAAAGAACACAAACAGCUCCUAAAAAAUGCACAGCUGGAACUGAAGAAGAGUAAGAGGAAAGAUUACUACAAGAUUCUUGGAGUAGACAAGAAUGCCUCUGAGGACGAGAUCAAGAAAGCUUAUCGGAAACGGGCCUUGAUGCACCAUCCAGAUCGGCACAGUGGAGCCAGUGCUGAAGUUCAGAAGGAGGAGGAGAAAAAGUUCAAGGAAGUCGGAGAAGCUUUUACCAUACUCUCUGAUCCCAAGAAAAAGACUCGAUACGACAGUGGACAAGACCUGGAUGAAGAGGGCAUGAAUAUGGGUGGUUUGGACUUCCCUGGCGGUCCAGUGGUUGGGACUCUGCGCUUCCGCUGUAGGGGGCAUGGUUUUGAUGCUGCGAGGUGCAGCCCCCCCAAAAAAACCCCUAGGUUUACCAAUAAUAAACAUUGCUCUGCCCAGCAGUUGAGAAGAAUUGUAAGCAGUCAAAAGCUGUUGAAGGGAUAUAAGUCGGGGAGCCAUGGACCUGAUUUAGGCUCUGGAGAUAUAUUUGUGAUGGCACUGAGGCGAGCUGGUUUGGAAAGGGUGAGGAGGAGGGAAGACACAAUCACUAGGAGAGAAUCGGAGGGUACAAUCGGGAGACAGUGUGAGAAUCAACAGGAGUGGCUGUGGAACGUGUUGGGAGAGGCAGAGGACUAAGUCAAGAGUGGCUUUGGCACAGCUGACCUGAUGGGGCUAUUCCC